UUACAGGAGGCGCGCGCACGCACGCACAGGAGCACAUUUUCUCCAAACAAAAACUAUUGUGCGUUUUCACGCGUUUGGAGAGGGUUUCGCUUUUAAUCCAGGAGCGGAGGAUGUACGAUCUGUGAGGACUGAGAUUGUACCGGAGAUACGAACAUUUUAUCAGCCUUUUGUCAGACUUUAUUUAAAGAGAAAGAGAAACAACUAGAUGCUUUUACGAAAAAGAUCCAUGAAACUCUGAGGAACAACAACAACAUCAUGACUUACGUUACCUCGAAAUGAUGUAUUCAUCUCAGGAUCGCCUUUACACCCUUGCACAGAGUAGAUUAAUGCAAUUUAAUCAUUUAUUUUUAUUUUGAAAAUAUGAUUUUCUGGACUUAAGCUCUCAGAGCAAGGAAUAGCUAGAAUCAAGGAUUGUCUUUGUCUGUGCAACACACCAAUCUCUCCAGUAAUAACCCGCAAAGACGAACAUGUCAACACUGUUUCCUGAUUAGACGAGAGACUGAAUAGUAUUGGAUUGCAAUGGGGAUGCAAUAGCAGUUGCAUUGAUUUGCGCCACUUUAGACAUUAGCUGAAAUAAAUAUAUUUUUGUCAACCGACCAGAGAAAGAGAGAGACCCGUGCGAUCUGGCUAUGUCCUUCUUUAAUUUCCGAAAAAUCUUUAAACUGGGCGCAGAGAAGAAGAAGAAACAAUAUGAUCAUGUGCACAGGGACACAAAUCCGGAGGAAAUCUGGGAGAUUGUGGGAGAACUGGGGGAUGGAGCCUUCGGAAAGGUGUUCAAGGCUCAAAACAAGCAGACAGGCAUUUUUGCUGCUGCAAAGGUGAUUGACACCAAAACUGAAGAUGAGCUGGAGGACUACAUGGUGGAGAUCGACAUCUUGGCGUCAUGUGAUCAUCACAAUAUUGUCAAGCUGCUUGACGCGUUUUACUACGAGAGCAAACUGUGGAUCCUGAUCGAGUUCUGCGCCGGCGGAGCCAUUGAUGCUGUCAUGCUCGAGUUGGAAAGGCCUCUGACGGAGCCGCAGAUCAGGGUGGUUUGUAAGCAGACUCUGGAUGCUCUGCAGUAUCUGCAUGACAACAAGGUGAUCCACAGAGACCUGAAGGCUGGAAACAUCCUGCUCACCCUCGACGGAGACGUCAAACUGGCUGACUUUGGAGUGUCUGCCAAGAACACAAAGACCAUCCAGCGAAGAGACUCCUUCAUUGGAACCCCCUACUGGAUGGCUCCAGAGGUUGUGAUGUGCGAGACGUCUAAGGACAGGCCGUAUGACUAUAAGGCUGAUAUUUGGUCUCUAGGAAUCACUCUGAUCGAGCUGGCCCAGAUCGAACCGCCCAACCAUGAGAUGAACCCAAUGAGAGUUCUGCUCAAGAUCGCCAAAGCUGAGCCGCCUACUCUCCAGCAGCCUUCAAAAUGGUCUCCUAAGUUUAAUGACUUCCUGAAACAUGCGCUGGAUAAGAACGUGGACAACAGGUGGAGCACAGCACAACUUCUUCAGCACCCGUUUGUGAGUAGCGUGACUGACAGCCGACCCCUGCGGGAGCUCAUCGCUGAGGCCAAGGCAGAGGUUACAGAGGAGAUCGAGGACCUGAAGGAGGAAGAGGAGGAAGAAGAUCUGCUGCUUCGUGGACACAAACGCGCACCGUCUGACGCUAGCAUUGGAAGCUCUGAAGACGAGAAGCUUCCUCAGUCGCCAUCCACAUUGGAGUCUGUUCCUGAGAAGAUUGAAGAGGCCUCUACAGCCAAACCGCCAGAUGAUAAUGUUACAACUGGAAUAAAGAAGGAAGAAGAACCUCUGAAGGUGGGUGAGAACCACAUUGAGGAUGUAGCAGAACCUGGAUCUAAGGAACAAGGUGUGGAAGUAUCUCCAAAGGAAUCUCAAGAACCCAAAGCUGAAGUGGAGCCUGUAAAACCAGAGACUCCUGCUGAUACAGUAGUCCCAACAGAGGAGCAAAGAGCCAAACCUGAUGGAGAGAUACUGGAAGGGGAAAAGGAGGUGGUGGGCAAUGGUGAACUCAUAAAGGAAGCGUCUGCAUCAGACAUUUCUUCAUUGGAGACACCAACAGAACCUGAUGGACCUAUUCCAACAUCUCCAUUGAAAGAAGAAGAGAGUGUUGAGGAAAAGGAGAAACCUGAACUGGUGGAGAAACCAAGCCCAGUGAAGCCCAGGUAUGUGAAGAAGGAGGACUCCGACUCUGGGAUCAGUUCUUCAGCUGACAACAGCAGCAUAGACCUGAACUUAUCCAUCUCCAGCUUUAUUAGCAAAUCCAAGGAGCCAGGAACCAUCUCUCAGCAGGACAAAAAGAGACAGAAAAAGACUCUGAAAAAGACUCGCAAGUUCGUUGUGGAUGGUGUGGAAGUCAGCGUAACAACGUCCAAGAUCAUCACAGACAAUGACACCAAAAGUGAGGAGAUGCGAUUCCUCAGGCGUCAGGAGCUGAGGGAACUCAGACUUCUUCAGAAAGAGGAGCAGAGAGCCCAGCAGCAGCUCAGCAACAAACUCCAGCAGCAGAGAGAGCAGAUCUACAAACGCUUCGAACAGGAAGUCACGAGUAAGAAGCGUCAGUAUGAUACGGAGGUGGAGAAUAUGGAGCGGCAGCAGAAACAGACCAUUGAGCGUCUGGAGCAGGAUCACACCGAGCGCCUCAGAGACGAGGCCAAACGCAUUAAAGCAGAGCAGGACAAAGAGCUUUCCAAGUUUCAGAGUACACUCAAGAACCGCAAGAAAGAGGAGCAGGAGUUUCUUCAGAAGCAGCAGCAGGAUCUGGACAGCUCUCUGAAGAAGAUCAUCCAGCAGCACAAACAUGAGCUGGCCACUAUUGAGAGAGACUGUCUCAACAACAAGCAGCAGCUCCUGAGAGCCCGAGAAGCCGCUAUGUGGGAGCUGGAAGAGCGCCACCUACAGGAAAAACACCAGCUGCACAAACAGCAGUUGAAAGACCAGUACUUCAUGCAACGACACCAGCUGCUUAAAAGACACGAGAAGGAAAUGGAGCAGAUGCAUCGGUAUAUCCAGCGUCUGAUAGAGGAGAUGAAGAACAAACAGACGCAGGAGAAGACCAGACUGCCAAAGAUCCAGCGCAGUGAUGCAAAGACCCGCAUGGCCAUGUUCAAAAAGAGCCUGCGCAUCACGACCACAGGGGUCACGCCAGAAGUGGAACGUGAGCGGGUCAAACAGUUUGCAGCGCAGGAGGAGCAGAGACAAAGGAACGAGCGUCACCAUCAACAACAGAAGCAUGAGACUCAGAUGAGAGACCUGCAGACGCAGUGCGACGCCAACCUCCGAGAACUACAGCAGCUGCAGAAUGAGAAGUGCCAUCUGUUGAUUGAGCAUGAGACUCAGAAGCUGAAGGAGCUGGAUGAGGAGCACAGCGCAGAGCUCAAGGACUGGAGAGAGAAACUCAGACCCCGCAAGAAGGCCCUUGAGGAAGAGUUCACCCGUAAGCUACAGGAACAGGAAAUGUUCUUUAAAAUGAGCGGGGAGUCUGCAUGCCUUAACCCCUCCACCCAGAGCCGGAUCUCAAAGUUCUACCCCGUCCCGAGUGUCCACUCCACUGGGUUUUAACGCACACGUUCACACUAAAGAGCACAGAGAUGCUAAACCGCAUUGUGACUGAACCUCGGCUGCCUUGCUCCCUCUGAUCGCUGACGUCAGGCCGAAACUAAGGAGGGACUUCGCUGUUCCAGUAAUAUACAGAGGAGUUUUUGCUUUUAUUAUUUUUAUUUAAUCUUUAAUAGUGGAUUUUCAGUGUGGUUUCCCUAAACAUUUCAGCAAUGGUUCAUGAAAGAAAAUGUGAUUCUGUAUGCCACUAAAUAGCUUUUUUUCUCUCUCAAAUCAUUGGUCUCGGUGUCUUAAUGUUGUGAUUUAACUUACUGUGAUAUUUUAGGAUUAUAUCUGCAUAAUGGAAUGACUGUUCAACUUCAGGCUAAUUUGCGUGCACUACACUAAGCAAAUGAUUUAACUAAAUCUGAAUCAAAAUUUAAAUAAUCUGAACCAUAAUAAAAUGUUUUUACAUUUUUGAUGACAAUUCUAAUGAAGUUUAAAUGAACAUUAUUUAAAGGCAAAUACGCAUUGCCUUUUUGAGCUUUGUAUAUCAUAAUAUGGAUCUAUAGGAUUUAUAGUAGCAGCAAUAUUAAUUUCUUAGAGAUGUUUGAGCAUAUCAGCCACACUGUAUGCAAAUAUCCUGACAUCACUGUGGUUUAAGCUGUGAUUUGCACUUGCACUGCUAUGCAAUGUGAUCAUGUAGACUAAUUAAAUCAUCUCAACAUAUUUCUGUGAACUUCAAAGCAAGAGAGCUCAAUCUCUUCAUACUGUCCAUACUACUUAUGAAAAAGAAACAAAUGGUUUUUCAAUUACAUGCGUUUUAGUUCACCCAGAUAUCACUACAAUGCAUUAGUGUAGUUUUCAGUAAAAUUGUGUAGAAGAUGAUGUGCCCUGUAAACCAUACUUUAAUCAGACAGAUGUUAUUUUAUUCUUGUAUACACAUGUAGCACAUUUUUGUAGUAAUAGUUUUCUUUUCAUCUCAACUGUUAACAUACAGUUCAAAAUGUUUUCUGCGUUUACAUUUGUGCAGUGCUCUGUAAAAACUGAACAAAACAAUAUUUCAAAUCUGUGAAAAGACUAAAUGUAUCUGACUGUACAGAGAGUGCUGUGCACCUUCAGAUGAAGCAUUCAUGAUGCCUCUUUGCAUUUUGACUUUGAGUUUGUCUUGAUUUUAUUUUUAAGCAUUAUAAACUUGUGAGGUGAAGUUAGCAGUUGUAUGUACUGUUUUGUGUCAAAGAUCAAAGCAUUGUGAUUAUAGGAAGCUGCUGUGAUUAAAACAUUUGUGGUGAAUA